AUCCUGGUUGCAGUAGCAUCCUUUGCCGGCUGCUGAUGAGCGCCUGAGACAGGAGGAGGAGGAGAGCUGUGCCUGGGUACCACAGGAGCAGGCCCAUCUCCACCCACGCAGAAGGAGCGACGCCCUCCACUGGCCCGUUGGCUCCCCAAAGGCAAGCUUGGACUUAGACGGAUGGGGGCUUCAGUCUGGCAAAGGGCAGCCCUCGAAGUGGCUCUCACCCGCCUGCUGGAAGGCCUCAAGUUAGCCUUGUAAUUUGGGUGGAUAACCCUCCAAGGGGAAGGAGCUAUCCGCCCUUUCUGGGUGCUGAACUGGGAAGACUCUGUAAGCUUAGUCCUCUGGAGUGCAUUUCUCUGCCAACAAAGGGAAGCUGUCCACACUUUCUGGGUGCUGAACUGGGAAGACCCUGCAGAUUUCUCUUAUUUGGCAGGAAGGAGCUGUCCGCCCAUUCUGGGUGCUGAACUGAGAAGACCUCCUGAGCAUAUUCCUCUCCCUUUGACCUCUCCAAAGCCAGAAAACCAUGGAUGAAGGUUUCAGAGACCGGACCGCCUUCAUCCGCGGGGCGAAAGACAUUGCCAAGGAAGUGAAGAAGCACGCCACCAAGAAGGUAGGCAAAGGGGUGGACCGGGUGCAGGAUGAGUACACGAAGCGUUCCUACGCCCGCUUUGAGGAGGACGACGACGACGAGGACUACCAGCCCCAGGAUGGCUACUAUCGCGGGGAGCCAGCAGUGGACGACGAGGGGGCCUCCAGCGACGCUACCGAGGGCCACGACGAGGACGAUGAGAUCUAUGAAGGAGAGUACCAGGGCAUUCCCCGGAAUGACUCCCUCAAGGGUGGGGACCAUUUGACGGCCAACCAGGAGGUGGUGAGCGAGUUCAGGGACUUUGACGACCUGGAAGGGGAUAAGAAGAAGGAGAAGGAAGAGCUGGCCCAGCAGUAUGAGCUGAUUCUCCAGGAAUGUGGACACGGGAGGUUCCAGUGGACUCUAUACUUUGUGCUGGGGCUGGCCCUCAUGGCUGACGGGGUGGAGAUCUUCGUGGUGGGCUUUGUCCUUCCCAGCGCUGAGAAGGAUAUGUGCUUGUCGGACUCCAAUAAAGGCAUGCUGGGACUCAUUGUUUACCUGGGGAUGAUGGUCGGUGCCUUCCUCUGGGGCGGCCUGGCGGACCGGCUUGGGCGCAGGCAGUGCCUCCUGAUGUCCCUCUCCGUCAACAGCGUCUUCGCCUUCUUCUCCUCCUUUGUCCAGGGUUACGGCACUUUCCUCUUCUGCCGGCUCCUUUCCGGCGUGGGUAUUGGAGGGUCGAUUCCCAUCGUUUUCUCCUACUAUUCAGAGUUCCUGGCCCAGGAGAAGCGUGGGGAGCACCUCAGCUGGCUGUGCAUGUUCUGGAUGAUUGGGGGCAUCUACGCCUCUGCCAUGGCGUGGGCGAUCAUCCCCCAUUAUGGCUGGAGCUUCCAAAUGGGGUCCGCGUACCAGUUCCACAGCUGGCGUGUCUUCGUCCUGGUUUGUGCCUUCCCGUCCGUCUUCGCCAUCGGAGCCCUCACCACCAUGCCGGAGAGCCCCCGCUUUUUCUUGGAGAACGGGAAACACGACGAAGCCUGGAUGGUGCUGAAGCAGGUCCACGACACCAACAUGAGAGCAAAGGGUCACCCCGAGCGAGUCUUCUCGGUGACCCACAUCAAGACCAUCAAACAGGAGGAUGAGCUGGUAGAGAUCCAGUCCGACACGGGGACCUGGUACCGGCGCUGGAUGGUCCGCUUCUUGAACCUUUCCCAGCAGGUCUGGGCGAAUUUCCACCAGUGCUUUGCUCCCGAAUACCGUCGGGUGACCCUGAUGAUGAUGGCUGUGUGGUUCACCAUGUCCUUCAGUUACUACGGUCUGACCGUCUGGUUCCCAGACAUGAUCAAGCACCUCCAGAACAUCGAGUACGCCUCUCGCACCAAGGUGUUCAACAACGAGUCUGUGCGCCACAUCACCUUCAACUUCACACUGGAGAACCAGAUCCACACACGCAGCGAGUAUUUCAAUGACAAGUUUAUAAGCCUCAAAAUGAAGUCUGUGUCCUUCAUCGACUCCUUGUUUGAGGAAUGUUACUUUGAGGACAUCACGUCCAGCAAUACAUUCUUCAAGAACUGCACCUUCAUCUCUACCGUCUUUUACAACACGGACCUCUUCGAGUACAAGUUCAUCAACAGCCGGAUCAUCAACAGCACCUUCCUCCACAACAAAGAAGGCUGCCAGCUGGACUUCAGCGAUGACAACAACGCCUACAUGAUUUAUUUUGUCAGUUUCCUGGGCACCCUCGCCGUCCUGCCAGGGAAUAUAGUCUCCGCACUCCUGAUGGACAAAAUUGGGCGACUCCGGAUGCUGGCCGGGUCGAGUGUCAUGUCCUGUGUGAGCUGCUUCUUUCUGUCAUUCGGGAACAGCGAGUCCGCCAUGAUCGCCCUCCUCUGCCUAUUUGGUGGGGUCAGCAUAGCUUCGUGGAACGCCCUGGACGUCCUCACGGUCGAGCUUUACCCAUCAGAUAGAAGGACGACUGCUUUCGGCUUCCUCAAUGCCCUUUGCAAACUGGCGGCCGUCCUGGGCAUCAGCAUCUUCACCUCGUUUGUGGGCAUCACGAAAGCGGUGCCCAUCCUUCUGGCCUCGGCGGCGCUGGCCAUAGGGAGCUCCCUGGCCCUCAAGUUGCCGGAGACGCGGGGGCAGGUGCUGCAGUGAGCGUGCGUCUGUGCGAGCGUGUGAAAAAGAGAGAGAGAGAUUCGCACUCGGCCCUCUUCCGCGCCUGCCCCGUCCCACUUGCCAGGGGAGGGGGGGGGGCGGGUGGCAGAUCUAGAGUUGUAGACACUGUGACUGUCUUGUUGUACCAUUUCAACCGGGGGGG